CAGCGACCGCACGACGAGCCCAACGGCACACACGACGCCCAAGCCUCAAGACCACCCCCGCAAAAUCUAAUCACCAUGGGUCGUAUGCACGCUCCCGGAAAGGGCAUUUCGUCCUCCGCCCUCCCCUACCGCCGCGCUCCCCCUUCCUGGCUGAAGACGACCCCCGAGGAUGUCGUCGAGCACAUCAACAAGCUCGCCCGCAAGGGUCUGACGCCCUCGCAGAUCGGCGUUACCCUCCGCGACUCGCAUGGUAUCCCCCAAGUGCGCUUCGUCACCGGUAACAAGAUCCUGCGUAUCCUCAAAUCCAAUGGUCUGGCACCACAGAUACCGGAGGAUCUCUGGCACCUCGUCAAAAAGGCGGUCGCUGUGCGCAAGCACCUCGAGACGAACCGCAAGGACAAGGACUCCAAGUUCCGCCUCAUCUUGAUCGAGUCCCGUAUCCACCGUCUCGCUCGGUACUACAAGACCAAGCAGCAGAUUCCGCCGACGUUCAAGUACGACUCGGCAACUGCUUCUACUCUCAUCGCAUAAGCGGCGGGUGUUGUACGAUUUGAUUGGGAGAGUCGGGCGGGCGGUCGAGGCUGCUGGUCUACACUUAUGGUAUACUGCCUUUCUACAUGAUGCUAUCGCAAUGCAAACUUUAGGCCAUGCACUUAUCUUUUU